UGGAACGCGGUCUGGAGCAGUGUAGCACGACGUAUGUCCGGUCUCGUGCCUCUCGACGUCCUCCCCGAGUGAUCGAUCUCGCGUAACGCGUUAUACGUACGUAAAUAUACAUAUAGAGCCGUUCCCUCGCACGAGCGGCACACCGUGAGAUCACCGAGAGUUCUCGGUUGACUGGCAACGCUAUAAAAGAUGUCGCAGCCGGAACAAGGUGGCAGUGCACAGUGCGACAAGGACAUGUCGACGUCAAAGAGUAGCUCGAUGUUGCGCCUGAAUCAGGAGGGCCGUCGUGGCUCCGCCGAUUGGCAGGACCAGGGCGACAGCGACUCGGAAGUCAGCGAGAACGAUUUCCUCACCAAGGGUGCUUUCCUGCUCACCCCGAGCCACGAACUGAGCAUGGAGAAGGCCGCCACCAUUUGCGAGAAGAUGAACUUCCGAGGCGCAUUUUCUUUGACGAAAACCGCUACUGGCAUUCUCUUCAAGUUCAGCAACAUCGAAGACUUUCAGGCGGUAUAUAAAAAAGGUUUUCACAAAGUGACAGGCGCUCGUUUCUACAAAAAGGUCGCUAUACCGUGUAGACCGGCAAAGAUCUUCACCGUCUAUGUUCUUGAUGUGCCUGAGGAAUUGCCGGAGGACGAUAUUAGGCACGCUCUCUACAAAUAUCGAUCUAUCGUCGAAGUAACCAGGCUACCUCUGAAUACGGGAACUGUUUUGAAGGCCAUCAAUGACAAGCUAAAGAGCGACGCGCAGAAUCUCAACGAGCCGGCGACGAUUUAUACGGGGCCACCCGUUAUAAGGGUUACCCUGGCCAAUGUGGAGGAGACCUCGAUGCUGCUGAGCCGUGGUUUGGAUUUUUAUGGGGCCACAUAUUUUCCCACCGAAACGCCCCAUCCAGCCGCUCAACCCCUCGCCAAAUACAAAAACAACAGAUGGAUCGAGCUGGCGUCGAUCGGCGCGGGACAAAGAGUGAGGGACCUACUUCCGGUCUUUGACAACGCAGGCUUCAACAAAUUGCCACCUCCGGCGAGCCGUGUAAUAAAACCGCAAAGAAACUGACACGUUCCCCCUUCCCCCCUUCCCGGCUGACACCCCAAAUUCUUCGACGGCCGCCACCGCCGCCGCCGCCACCACUGCGAUCGAUAGUAGCGGCGAAUCGGAGGGAGGACGCCAUCGCGAGAACAACGCUACGACCUGAGGAUGACGACGCUAACGCAGGCCAGCUCGAUCGAAAUUCAGAAAAUGGCACGAGCAUUCAAUUCCAACGCGAUUUUAAUUCUCAUUCGCGAUGUUUAAGAGAACGAAAUCAGACAUUCCUUGCAUUUAGAAAUAAUGCAUGAGAUUAAGUACAAGGAAAAUUAUAUUUCUUGAAUAUCGAAUGAAUAAUCGAGUGAAAUUGUAUUUUUCCUCGGGAGGGAUUUUAAAUUAUUGAUAGUUAUUACAACAUUUUUUAUUUGAUUUUGUCGAUUUCUCAUCGUUUCUGAAAAUUUCUCUAUAAUCAAAAUAAUUUUUCAGGUCAGGAGGAUUUUUGGGUCGAGAUAAGAUUAAAUAAU